AUGGCAUCUUACGAUUCUGCAUCAACAUCACAAAGUGUAUGUUCUCCACAUGUUGAGCGUCACCGUCUCAGACGCAAACGCUCCCCUUCCCCAUCAUCUCAACACUUCAGUGUAAAUCCAUUUGCUGCUCAUCGUCCAUACUCCCCUUCUACUCGCGCUUCUGACAUCGCGCGCCUCCUUGACCCAGCUUACGCUUCACCGUCCCAUCAAACUGCCUUCAAGGCACUAUCACCUCGAACUGCUAUCAAAGAGGUCUACGUCGAUCACCACGGUGACCUCCACGACCCCGAUUUUCGCGACUUCCCCACCUUUGGGCAUGCUAAAUCGAGAUGGGAGCGGUCAUAUACAGAUGAGAGUGAUGACGCAGAGGAAGAUGAGGAGAACUUCCAAAGACGUGUUUCUAUCGAGAAGCAACGCAGACGGCCUUCCACCACUCCUUAUUACGUCGCCCCCGCCUACUAUCACUACGACGAGCCUUCGUCGUACGAGUCAAGACAUCUAGCUGAAGUCGACGACGAAGACGAUCAGCUAGAUCAUCAUGAACGCGCCCCUCUCAAGGAGAAAUGCUUCAUUACGCGAUCCAAGUCUCCUGAGAAACAUUCUCAGUCUGAGAAGGAGACUUAUCCUCAGAACCCUCAUGUAGAGGAACCUGAACCUAUUGCAGCUGACAGCGACUUCACACCUACGUGUGGACACGUUAUUCGCCGUCAGUGGCAUGCCUUCACGCUGAGCCUGCGCUUCAGUCUAUUCCGGACAAAGCGUAGAAUUCAGCGCAGAAUGUCUGGUUAA